GACGACAACGGGCUGACGUUAUUCCCUUUGAAAUGGCGCUGAUGCAGUUAAUACGCUGUUGUUUUUAGUCAUUGUGUACGUUUUGGUGACUGUAGGUCUUACUUUUCGGGCCCUUUGUUAACAUCUGGACCUGGCCUUUAUAUUGGAGCAUCACGGAGUCGAUAAACAAAAAUAUAGUGAAGCAAACUGUUAAUAACUGACGUUGCAUAAUAAGGCCGCAGCUUCCCCCGAGUUUGCGUAGGGAUUACAACCGACUAUCAAUGCUUGGCCUAGCCAAAGAGCUACAGCUCGGUUUUCAACUGAAUCUCAGCUGGCAUGUCUGUAACUAACGGGGAUGUGGAAGUGAAGUGAAAUCUUGAGACUAGUUCACUCCUGUUGAAAUAUUAUUAUUAUUACGUGAUUGAUAAAGCCCUUGCUUUGUCAGUCUUUUAUAGUCAGAUUUUUUUAAAAACGUAAAUCAUUUGAGGAGUAUUUUUACACACAAAACAGACAGCAUGGCCUCGGUGCCAGUGUACUGUUUGUGCCGCCUGCCAUAUGAUGUGACACGGUUCAUGAUCGAGUGUGACAUUUGUCAGGACUGGUUUCAUGGAAGCUGUGUUGGAGUAGAGGAGGAGAAAGCGACUGAAAUAGACCUGUACCACUGCCCCAACUGUCAGGUCACUCAUGGGCCGUCUGUCAUGCGCAAACGUCGCGGAGGCAAUAAGCACACAGAGGGAAGUACCACUGGAGGAAGAGAUCCAAGUCGGCCUGUGAAGACCGGAAGUCCACAGUUUGUUAGGGAGCUACGGAGCCGUACGUUCCCGAAUGCGGAUGAAGUCUUGCUAAAGCCAUCUGGCGCACAGCUAACAGUCGAAUUUCUGGAAGAGCAUUCAUUCAGUGUUCCUGUCCUGGUGUUGAGGCGGGAUGGCUUAGGCAUGACCCUUCCUCCAUCGUCAUUUGGCGUCACGGAUGUAGAGCACUAUAUUGGUUCAGAUAAAGAGAUAGAUGUGAUUGACGUGUCUCGGCAGUGUGAUUUGAAAAUGCGUUUGGGCGACUUUGUUGAAUACUACAACAGCCCCAACAGAGACAGGGUUCUCAAUGUGAUCAGCCUGGAGUUCUCUGAGACCAGGCUUUCAAACUUGGUGGAAACUCCUAAGAUUGUGCGGAAACUCUCAUGGGUGGAAAACCUGUGGCCAGAAGAAUCUGUUUUUGAACGUCCCAAUGUCCAAAAGUACUGUCUGAUGGGAGUGAAAGAUAGCUAUACGGACUUCCACAUAGACUUUGGAGGUACCUCUGUGUGGUACCAUGUCCUGAGGGGUGAGAAAAUUUUCUACUUGAUUUCACCCACCCCAGCCAACCUCGCACUUUUUGAGAGGUGGAGUUCCUCGUCUAAUCAGAAUGAGAUGUUCUUUGGGGACCAGGUUGAUAUGUGCUACAAGUGUUCUGUCAAACAAGGAAACACUUUGUUCAUACCAACAGGGUGGAUUCAUGCAGUGCUGACUCCAGUGGACUGCCUGGCCUUUGGAGGCAACUUCUUGCAUAGUCUUAAUAUUGACAUGCAGCUGCGGGCUUAUGAAAUAGAGAAGAGAUUAAGCACAGCGGACUUGUUUAGGUUUCCCAACUUUGAGACAGUGUGCUGGUAUGCAGGAAAGCACCUUCUUGACACUUUCAGAGGUUUGCGAGAAAAUCGCAGGCACCCUGCCAGCUAUCUUGUUCAUGGAGCGAAGGCCCUAAACAAUGCUUUCCGCAGCUGGACGCGUAAGGAGUCUUUACCAGAUCAUGAAGUUGAGAUCCCAGAGACUAUCAACACCCAGACACUUGUUAGGGACCUGGCCAAGGAGAUUCGUCUUGUCGAGGAUAUAUUUCAACAGAAUAUUGGCCGCACUGGACCUCAGUUUCCUGGGGCGUCGCUUUCCAAAGCUCCAUUGAGUUCCUCUAAUAACUCUGGACGCCCCCCUGGAAAAAAGAAAGGACCCAAGCCCAAAGAGGUGGUAGGGGGCCUCGUAUCCCCUGGACCCAAAAAGAAAAAUCAGAAGGGGCUACUUAAGGCAGAAGCAGGAGAACUCGACCUCAUUGAGAUCCACACCAAACACACACUGAAGAAAAUUCAACCCGGUAAAUCUAAACACAAGAACAAGCUGGAGCUGCCAUUAGAGGAGUUUGAAGGGAAGCUAAACAAAAGCAAACUGAAGCUCGUGCUUACCAAUGGGAAAAUAAAAGGUAAAAAAGAUGGUAGCAGUAAUGGUGCAGGGAGUGCUGGAAAGUACAAGCACCUUGCUACAGAGGGAUCCAGUCUUUCUGAUUUGGAAUCUGAGGAUGAAUUGCAGAUUGAUGAGACCCCCCCUCCAAAACGCAAGACUCCUGGACCUGGCAAGAAAAAGAAACUAAGUGGUCUUCCAAGGAAGCUCCCACGGGCCAAACCCUGCUCUGACCCUAAUCGCAUCAGGGAACCAGGAGAAGUCGACUUUGACAUUGAGGAGGACUACACUACUGAUGAAGAGGCGCUGGCUGCCCAUGGAGUGAAGGGUGGUGCAGGGGGCAUCCUUGAUUUAUUAAAGGCCAGCAAGCAGGUCGCAGGAUUAGACUCUGCAGCACUGAGUGAGGAAGCCCCAGCCUCUCCCAGCACUCGGGAUGCUAUCCAGGGUAUGCUCUCCAUGGCCAACCCCCCUUCAUCUUCCUCAUCUUCAUCCUCCUCAUCCCCCUCAUCUAUCUCUGGCGGCCUGACAGAGGGAUUAGGGGUCGUCAAGGAAAAGGGUCGCAGGGCUGUGUGGGUGACUUCCGGAGUCAAGAAGACGGCAAACUCUGAGAAGAAGCCUGUUAUCCAGCGGCCUGGAAAACGACCAAUAAAAAAGCCUGCCCGUCAUCUGAGCGAUGAAGAGAGUCCAGAUGAGCAAGAGACAUUAGGAACUUGUUUUAAAGACUCUGAUUAUGUUUACCCUUCGUUGGAGUCCGAUGAGGAUGACCAUACCAGCAAAAAUAAGAUGAAGCGGAAGAAAAACUGGGAUGACACACCGUGGAGCCCAAAAGCAAGGGUGAUGCCCACCCUUCCAAAACAAGAGCGACCUGCCAGGGAAGGGGCACGAGUCGCCUCUGUAGAAACUGGCCUGGCAGCCGCCGCUGCAAAGUUGGCUCAACAAGAGCAGCAAAAACCUGCCAAAAGGAAGUACACCAAAAAGCAGCGCCCUCCUCCUCCAGUCGUCACUCCUCCACCUGUUCAGACCGAGCCUGCCCCGCUCUCACCAGCACCUGCUCCAGAGUCUGGAGCAGAUGUCAGCCCAGACAGACGAAUGGAUUAUUAUUCUGCCAGUCUGUUAGACCAUGAAUACACAGCAGGACCGGGACCUUUCGGCCCCGGGGGCCCUCGAGGCAGUGGGGCCAUGGCUCCUGGUGUAUUCCUUACUUCUCGAAGACCCUCUCUGUCCCCUCAGAAUAGCAGCUCUCAUUCUGGUGCAUCCCUUACAGGUUUAGCCAGCCAGGGGACAGCAGCAGUCGCUCAAGGUAGGCAAACGCCCAAAGAAAGGACUUGCAACUGCAAAACAGAGACUUGGAAAAAUUCUGAAAAUUCACCGCAAUGGCAAACUUCUCUUGUGAGAAGUGUGUUCUCGCGAGAGCUAAACUACCGUACCACACUAGUGCAAGAUGGAGAAGUAGAUGUAACACGCAUUCGAGAUAGUGUGAAGAAACUACUUGGCGAAUCAAAGACCACGAUGGUGGAUUUAUUUAACCAAAGCAGUUUCUGCUUGCUGGCUAGCGCGUGCCCCAACUGUGUAGCGGGGAAACCGGGGGAACCGAACCAGCGGAGACGACGCAGGAUUGUGGAGUGCGGGCUUCCUUUGCGGCCUACGGGACCCCGACCUAAAUUAGUCAUAAGAACGAUCAGAAGAGCUACCAUGAAGGUUGACAGAAGCAAGUUAAAGAAAACUCCUACGGAAGCUCCGGCUGACUGUAGGAUACUAAUAGAGAAACUAAAGGCGUGCAGUGAUGAGCAACUACUAGUUGAAUUGCAGCACAUCAAGACCUGGAAUAUUGGCAAGUGUGAGCUCUACCACUGGGUGGAUCUACUGGAUCGCUUUGAUGGCAUUCUGUGUGAUGCAGGCCAGACUGUGGAGAAUAUGUCAUGGCUGCUAGUUUGUGACCGUCCUGACAAUGGACAGCUCAAAGCAUUGCUUUUGGCAGUGCUCAACUUCACAGCUCUGCUCAUUGAGUAUAGUUUCUCUAGGCAUCUCUACAGCUCUAUAGAGCACUUAACCACCUUGUUAGCAUCAUGUGACAUGCAAGUGGUCCUGUCUGUGCUGAACCUACUUUAUGUGUUCAGUAAGCGCUCCAACUAUAUCACAAGACUUGGAUCUGAUAAAAGGACACCUCUUCUGGCUCGUUUACAACACCUGGCUGAGAGCUGGGGUGGGAAGGAAAAUGGAUUUGGUUUAGCUGAAUGCUGCAGGGAUCUGCCUAUGACGAAGUAUCCUCCCAGUGCUACCACACUGCACUUUGAGUUUUAUGCCGAACCGGGUCCAGAGGUCAAAGUAGAGAGGAAGCAGACAAGUAGUAACACACUACAUUACAUCCAUAUUGAGCAGCUUGACAAGAUUUCAGAAAGUCCAUCUGAGAUUAUGGAGUCACUAACGGUGAUGUACAACAUCCCUAAAGACAAGCAGACACUGCUGUUCACACACAUUCGUCUAGCCCAUGGUUUCUCAAAUCACAAGAAGAGGCUGCAAGCUGUGCAGGCCCGACUGCAUGCCAUUUCGAUACUAGUGUAUUCAAAUGCACUCCAAGAGUCAGCCAACAGUAUUCUGUAUAAUGGCUUGAUAGAGGAGCUAGUAGAUGUCUUACAGAUUACAGACAAACAGCUUGUGGAUAUAAAGGCAGCAUCUUUGCGCACUUUAACAUCAAUUGUCCAUUUGGAGAGGACGCCAAAGCUUUCCAACAUCAUUGACUGUACUGGCACGGCAUCCUAUCACGGCUUCUUGCCUGUAUUGGUACGCAACUGUAUACAGGCAAUGAUUGAUCCUCUGAUGGAACCAUACCCACACCAGUUUGCCACAGCACUCUUCUCAUUCCUGUACCACCUGGCUAGCUAUGAUGCUGGAGGGGAAGCCCUUGUGUCCUGUGGUAUGAUGGAAGCACUUCUGAAGGUGAUCAAGUUCUUGGGUGAUGAGCAGGAUCAGAUCACGUUUGUGACACGAGCAGUGCGGGUUGUGGACCUCAUCACCAACCUCGACAUGGCUGCCUUUCAGUCCCACAGCGGCCUUUCAAUUUUCAUCUGUAGGCUAGAGCACGAGGUGGACUUGUCACGGAAAGAGUGCCCUUUUGUCAUCAAGCCAAAGAUCCAGAGGCCUAGUGCAACUGUGGAGUCUGAGGACAUGGACACAGACAUGGAAAUGUCAGAAGUUUCAAUGGAGAGCAGCCCAGGACCAUCAACUUCUUCUGUUUCCAGACCAGAGUCUGACCACCGAGCACAGAGCAGCUCUGCUAAUACGCCUCGUGCAGGUAUGCAGUGUAUCCCCCAGCGGGCAGCUCUGUUGAAGUCGAUGCUAAACUUCUUGAAGAAAGCCAUCCAGGACCCUGCCUUUUCUGAUGGCAUCCGUCAUGUCAUGGAUGGGUCCUUGCCUACCUCACUUAAGCACAUCAUCAGUAAUGCAGAAUAUUAUGGCCCUUCACUUUUCCUCUUGGCUACCGAGGUGGUGACAGUUUUUGUGUUCCAGGAGCCAUCCCUGCUCUCCUCCUUGCAGGACAAUGGUCUCACUGAUGUUAUGCUGCAUGCUCUGCUUAUCAAAGAUGUUCCUGCUACUCGUGAGGUGCUGGGAUCACUACCUAAUGUGUUCAGUGCCCUCUGCUUGAAUGCCAGAGGCCUGCACUCUUUCGUUCAGUGCCAGCCCUUUGAGCGCCUCUUCAAAGUGCUUUUGUCCCCGGACUACCUUCCUGCAAUGCGACGGCGCCGUAGCUCCGACCCACUGGGUGACACUGCCUCGAACUUGGGCAGUGCUGUAGAUGAGCUCAUGAGACAUCAGCCCACUUUGAAGACAGACGCUACUACUGCCAUUAUCAAGUUGCUGGAGGAGAUCUGCAACUUGGGUCGCGCCCCAGAGUACAUCUGCCAGAAACCAUCUAUUCAGAAAGCCGACGGCACUGUGGCUGUGCCACCAGCACGCUCCAGCCAUGCUGCUGAAGAAGCUUCAAGUGAAGAUGAAGAGGAAGAGGAGGCUCUUCACACAUUCACCCAGCAGCAGGGGGAACCAGAGAGCAACAGACAGUCAGUGCCACUUGAACUGGUGGUUGGCACUGAAGAACGGAUACCCAUCCCUCUAAUGGAUUAUAUUCUGAAUGUGAUGAAGUUUGUAGAAUCCAUUUUAAGCAACAACACCACAGAUGAUCAUUGUCAGGAGUUUGUCAACCAGAAGGGGUUGUUGCCCUUGGUUUCUAUCCUGGGCCUCCCCAACUUGCCCAUUGACUUCCCCACUUCAGCCGCCUGCCAAGCUGUGGCUGGUGUCUGCAAAUCCAUACUGACACUUUCACAUGAACCAAAGGUUCUUCAGGAGGGCCUGUGCCAGUUGGACAGUAUUCUGAUGUCAUUGGAGCCGCUCCAUCGACCAAUUGAGGUGCCUGGCGGCUCUGUGCUUCUUAGAGAACUGGCUAACGCUGGACAUGUCACCGAUGCCACUCUGUCAGCCCGAGCUACUCCACUCCUACAUGCCCUUACCGCAGCCCACGCCUACAUCCUUAUGUUUGUCCAUACUUGCAGAGUCGGACAGAGUGAGAUCAGAGCUAUCUCAGUAAACCAAUGGGGAUCCCAGCUGGGAUUGAGUGUUCUGAACAAGCUUAGUCAACUUUACUGCUCUCUUGUGUGGGAGAGCACAGUUCUACUGUCCCUAUGCACUCCUAACAGUCUGCCUCCAGGAUGUGAGUUUGGCCAGGCUGACAUGCAAAAAUUGGUUCCCAAAGAGGAGAAGCCAUCUGGCAGCACUGCUGCAACAGCAGCCUCUACCUCCAGGAGAACUGCAGAAACUGAUGCUGUGCCUGUGGAUUCAUCUGCUGGUGGUCUGUUGGAAGGAAUGGGUCUAGAUGGGGACACCUUGGCUCCCAUGGAAACCGAUGAACCCUCCACAUCAGACCCGAAAGCAAAGUCCAAACUUACCCCAGCUAUGGCCACACGGAUCAAACAAAUUAAACCUCUACUGUCAGCUUCAUCUAGACUGGGCAGGGCUCUGGCUGAGCUCUUUGGCCUGCUAGUAAAAUUGUGUGUAGGCUCCCCAGUGCGCCAGCGCCGCUCCCACCAUGCAACAAGCACAGGAACCACCCCUACACCUGCUGCCCGGGCCACUGCUUCAGCCCUCACCAAGCUUCUGACCAAGGGCCUCAGUUGGCAGCCCCCACCAUACACACCCACACCUCGAUUCAGGCUGACUUUCUUCAUCUGCUCAGUGGGUUUCACAUCUCCAAUGUUGUUUGAUGAGAGGAAGUACCCAUACCACCUCAUGCUACAGAAGUUCUUUUGCUCUGGGGGACACGAUGCCUUAUUUGAGACAUUUAACUGGGCCCUGUCAAUGGGUGGGAAGGUUCCCGUCUCUGAGGGCCUGGAGCAUGCUGAUCUCCCAGAUGGCACAGGGGAGUUUCUGGAUGCUUGGUUAAUGCUGGUGGAGAAGAUGGUUAAUCCAAGCACUGUGCUGGACUCGCCCCACUCUUUGCCUGCCAAGAUGCCAGGGGUCACACCCACCGUGCCCCAAUUCAGUGCCCUCCGCUUCCUUAUUGUCACCCAGAAGGCUGCAUUCAACUGCAUCCGCAGUCUGUGGAACAGGAAGCCACUGAAGGUUUAUGGAGGCAGAAUGGCUGAAUCCAUGCUGGCCAUCCUCUGUCACAUAUUAAGAGGGGAGCCUGUCAUCCAGGAACGGCUGGCUAAGGAACGGGAGGGGACUGUGCGUCCAGAGGAGGAACCAGCCCCCACUAGUUCUUUGGGACCCAGCAGUGUCCCAGCAGGAUCCUCAACAGGAGGAGAGGCACCAGCAGUGACCUCUGGACCUACCUCUGGAGCACCACCACCAGCAGCAGGAGGAGCAGCUGAUGAGUCUACUAAUUCUACACCUCGCCGAGAGCCCCAGGUUAACCAAGCUCAGCUCACACAGCUGAUGGACAUGGGUUUCUCAAGAGAACAUGCCAUGGAAGCCUUACUGAACACCAGCACCAUGGAGCAGGCCACGGAGUACCUACUCACGCACCCUCCUCCUCUUCUUGGUGGAGCAGUAAGGGACUUGACUAUGUCUGAGGAGGACCAAAUGAUGAGAGCAAUUGCCAUGUCACUUGGGCAAGAAGUCAGCAUGGAGCAGCGCUCUGAUUCCCCUGAGGAAGCAGCACGUCGGCGUGAGGAGGAGGACAGGAGAGCCAGGGAGCGGGCAGAAGAGGAGGAGGCACGCUGCUUGGAACGCUUCAUGGAGGCUGAGCCUUUGGACCCCCAGGAGCUACACACCUUCACAGAUUCCAUGCUGCCUGGCUGCUUUCACCUCUUAGAUGAGCUGCCCGACACGGUCUACAGACUGUGUGACCUGCUGAUGACCGCCAUCAAGAGGAGUGGCCCUGAGUACAGGGACCUCAUUCUUAGCCAAGUUGUCCAACAGGUGUGGGAGGCUGCGGACGUGCUGAUCAAGGCAGCCGAGCCCCUGACCACCAGUGAUACGAAGACAGUGUCUGAGUGGACCAGGCAGAUGGCAACGCUGCCACAGGCCUCCAAGCUAGCCACACGAAUUCUGCUGCUCACAUUGCUUUUUGAGGAACUGAAGCUUUUGGGUGCCAGAGUGGUGGAGAGCAGUGGGAUUCUUGAUUUGCUUAUCAAGCUUCUGGAAGUUGUGCAGCCUUGCUUGCAAGCAGCAAAAGAACACAAAGACAUCCAAACACCAAAAUGGAUCACACCAGUGCUACUGAUUAUUGACUUCUAUGAAAAGAUGGCAGUGUCUUCAAAGCGAAGGGAGCAAAUGAACAAGUAUCUUCAGCCCAAUGGAAAUAACUGGCGAUGGUUUGAUGACCGCUCAGGCCGUUGGUGUAGUUACAGUGCAUCUAACAACAGUACCAUUGACUCAGCAUGGAGGGCGGGGGAGAGCAGUGUCCGCUUCACAGCUGGACGCCGAAGAUACACUGUACUGUUUAACACAAUGGUGCAGGUAAAUGAAGAGACCGGCAAUAGAAGGCCGGUGAUGUUGACUGUCCAGAGAGUGCCUCGCAUUCCCAAGCCUUCCAAGACUGGUAGUGUUCCUGACUCAGAGAGAGAGGAAGGAGACAGAGGCAAAGUGGAAGAAAGCCAGACUGACCUAGAUUCAGGCGGCGGACCAGUGGAGAUAAGUUCCUCCAAGGACGAUUCCAGCCUGCUGAAAGAGACCACCUCCGGCCCCUCAUCUUCUCUGGAGUCUGACUAUUCUCAGGGAUCUGACAUUGUGGUCAAAGGCCUCACUGAGGACAUGACCACUGUUCUCAUCCGAGCCUGUGUCAGCAUGAUAAGUGUCCCUGUUGACCCUGACACACUUCAUGCCACACUGCGUCUUUGUUUACGUCUCACACGAAACCACCACUAUGCAAUGAUGUUUGCUGAGCUGAAGAGCACACGGAUGAUUCUGGGGCUGACGCAGAGUUCUGGCUUCAACGGCUUCACUCCACUCGUUACUCUGCUGUUCAGGCACAUCAUCGAAGAUCCGGCCACACUCCGGCACACUAUGGAGAAGGUGGUGCGUUCAGCCGUGACAAGCGGGGCAGGGAGCACCACGUCAGGAGUGGUGUCGGGCAGCCUGGGUUCCAGAGAAAUCAAUUACAUCCUCCGUGUGUUGGGUCCUGCUGCCUGUCGAAACCCUGAGUGUUUCAUUGAAACAGCCAGCAACUGUAUCCGCAUUGCACUGCCCGCACCCCGUGGAGCCGGCACAACAUCUGAUGAUGAAUAUGAGAACCUUCGAAUUAAGGGGCCCAAUGCUGUCCAGCUUGUGAAGACCACUCCUCUGAAAUUGUCUCCCUUGCCCUCUAUCCCUGACACUAUUAAGGAGGUCAUCUAUGACAUGCUCAAUGCCCUGGCUGCCUACCAUGCUCCUGAAGAACCUGAGCGCACAGAGGAACGGGCUGCAGCUGUACCUGGUGGUCAAGACCUAUGUCAGAUUCUGCAGGAUGUCGGUGAUGAUGUAUACCAGCAAUACCGUCUCACCAGGCAGGGAAGUGACUUUGACUCCCAGUCGGCAUUCCAUAUCAAUGCUCAAGUCUUUGCUGCUGAUGGAGGGGUGGCCGAAUCCUCCCAAUCUGGCACACCACAAGGAGAAGCGUCCACACCAGAAGAGAUGAGGGAGGAGAAAAAAGAACAAGAAGGAGAAAAGGGAACAAGCUCGGAUGAGAGCAAAGCAGCUAAAGUCAAGGCGAGCAAGCCCCUCAUGCCAACAUCUACCAUCCUGAGACUGCUGGCUGAACUGGUGCGCUCCUAUGUGGGCAUUGCCACGCUAAUCACUUCCUACUGCUACACCGCUGGACAGUCCGAGCUUAUUAAAGAGGACUGCAGUGUUCUAGCAUUCGUGCUCGAUCACUUGCUGCCUCACACACAAAACUCGGAGGAUAAGGACACCCCUGCCUUGGCUCGUCUCUUUUUAGCCAGCCUGGCAGCUGCUGGCACAGGCACCGAUGCCCAGGUGGCCUUAGUGAAUGAGGUAAAAGCUGCCCUUAGUCGAGCACUUGGGAUGGCUGAAGGCGCAGAAAAACACGCCAGGCUUCAGGCAGUGAUGUGCAUUAUCAGCACCAUCAUGGAAUCAUGCCCUUCCACAUCCAGUUUCUAUAGCACAGCAGCAGCCAAGGCACAGCAUAAUGGGAUGAACAAUAUCAUAAGGCUGUUUCUUAAGAAAGGACUAGUCAAUGACUUGGCCCGUGUGCCUCACAGCUUGGAUUUGUCAAGUCCAAACAUGGCCAACACGGUGAAUGCUGCGCUUAAGCCUUUGGAGACUCUGUCCCGCAUUGUUAACCAGCCCAGCAGUCUGUUUGGAGGCAAAGGAGCAUCCAGCAAGAGUAAAACAGAACAUGAUACUGUGGGCACUGCCAGGGACAACAACAGCAACACACAGGACCAAGGAGACCCUAGUGAGGCAGAGCCAGUGGAUGGCAGCCACAGAGUCCAGGGCACAGACAACGACCUGAUGGAUGGAGAAGCAGAGGGAGACACAGUGGUUAUUGCAGGACAGCCAGAGGUUCUGAGCACACAAGCUAUGCAGGUGGAGAAUGAGUUGGUGGACCUGAUUGAUGAGCUUUUAGAGAGAGAUCCUGGCACAGUCAACAGCACGAUUAUUGUGGGACGUAGCGGUGAGGAUGAGUCACAAGAGGAUGUAUUAAUGGAUGAAGCUCCGUCCAAUAUCAGCCAGGCAUCCACUCUUCAGGCCAAUCGCGAAGACUCAAUGAACAUUUUGGAACCAGAAGAUGAGGAGCACACUCAGGAGGAGGACUCCAGUGGUAGCAAUGAUGAUGAAGACAGUCAGGAUGAAGAGGAAGAGGAGGAAGAAGAGGAGGAAGAAGAUCAGGACGAUGAAGAAGGAGAUGAGGAUGAUGAUGACGAAGGCUCAGAGAUGGAAUUGGAUGAAGAUUUCCCUGACAUCAAUGCUGCUCCGCACAUCCGCUUUGAAAGGUUUGACAGGGACGAUGACCUCAUCAUAGAGUUUGACAACAUGUUCUCCAACAACGCGGACAUCCCUCCUUCACCAGGGAACAUUCCCAGCUCCCACCCAUUGAUGGUGCGCCAUGCUGACCAUGGCUCCCUCACUUUGGGUGUGGCAGGCACUAGCAGUCGACUGGCCCAGGGAAUGGGUCGUAGUCAACGAACGCUGCGUCAACUCACUGCCAACAGUGGACACACCAUCCAUGUCCACUACCCUCACAACCGCCAGCCCAACCCUCCACUUAUUUUACAAAGAUUGUUGGGGCCGAGUGCUGCUGCAGACAUUUUACAGCUAUCCAGCUCUCUGCCUCUGCAGUCCCGUGGUCGUGCACGGCUUUUGGUUGGAAAUGAGGAUGUGCACAUCAUUGCUCGCUCUGAUGAUGAAUUGUUGGAUGACUUCUUCCAUGAGCAGAGCAGCACUGGUGGACAAGCAGGCACCCUCUCUAGUAUUCCCACUGCCUUAACUCGAUGGACCGACGAGUGUAAGGUACUGGAUGCUGAAAGCAUGCACGACUGCGUAGCAGUUGUAAAGGUGCCAAUCCUGCAGCAUCUAGAGAGUUUAAGAGAUGAGGAACUGGAAGAACGCAGGGAGAAGAGAAGGAGGCAGCUCGCUGAAGAGGAGGAAUCCAAACAGAACGAAAGGAGGGCUUCUGGAGUCGAACAAGCGAGAGAGCAGAGCCUACAGGGUUCUGGAUUGGGGACCGUGAAUGGGGCAGAGAGCACUGCAGAGGGUGAGCAGGCUCAGAGUGGUACCAUGUCCUGUCUGGACCCACCCAGGGUCUCAGAGGGCUUCCUCACUGCUCCCCCCUCUGGAGAAGUCACUCCCACCACACCUGCUCCUCACGAACAGGCCCUAGUCUCCCUGGAGACUGCCAUUAGUCAGCAAGUCCACCAGCCAAUUGCUGACCUGCUGCUAGCUGAGUCACAUGCCAGCUCACUGGUUGGUUUGGCAGGGGCUGGCCUUCCACCCCUGUCGGCAGCUGAGAGGCCAAACAGUGAAGCAGAGGCAUCUCAGAUGGAAAUGUCCCCGGCACCCACAAUUGGUGAGAGAGUCGGAGGAAGUGGUGGUGGAGGAGCGUUGGAUGAAGUCAGGGAAGCCUCCUUAAGUCCAGACAUUGUAGAGAACUCAGAACCGGCAGUAGUUGGUGUGUCACAACUGGAGGGGUCUCCCAUGGAUACAAGCAGCCCUGCCUCUGCCACUCAGGAAGAAGCUGCUCCCAACGCUGCCCAAACUACCCAGUUGUCUCAGGAGCUCUCUGGCAGUGGGGAGAGCGGGCUGACUGACAGGCAGACAGAUGCAGACACUGGCUCUACAUCUGUUUCUUCACCCGGGGAAACGAUGCCCAGAAGUGAUAGCGCUGAUAGCCAGUCUCAGGCCAUACAGGAAGAGCCUCUCCCCUCCACAAGCAAUGACGAAGAGGAUCCACUUGCAGGCAUCAGUUUGCCAGAGGGCGUUGAUCCAUCCUUCUUGGCAGCACUUCCUGAGGACAUCCGCCGAGAAGUGCUGCAAAAUCAGCUUGGUAUUAGACCCCCCUCUCGCCCUCCUGCUGUCACCACCCUACCAUCUUCUACAGCACCUGUACUUGGGGGACCAGGGGUUACAGAAGUCAGCCCUGAGUUCCUGGCAGCACUGCCACCUGCCAUCCAGGAAGAGGUUCUUGCCCAGCAACGAGCCGAGCAGCAGCGACGAGAGCUAGCCCAGCAGCCCCCACAGGGAGACACUCCCCUGGAUCCAGUCACCUUUAUUCAGACUCUGCCCUCAGAGCUUCGUCGGAGUGUUCUCGAGGACAUGGAGGACAGCGUGCUGGCUGUCAUGCCCCCAGAUAUUGCAGCUGAAGCAGCUGCGUUACGUAGGGAGCAAGAGGCACGUCAGAGGCAGCUGAUGCAUGAAAGGCUGUUUGGUCAUAGCUCUUCUUCAGCCCUCUCAGCCAUCUUGCGCUCCCCAGCAUUCACCAGUCGGCUUGGGAGCAAUCGUGGCGUCCAGUACACCCGACUGGCUGUCCAGAGAGGAGGGACAUUUCAAAUGGGUGGAGGAACAAACCAUAGACCAUCCAGUUCAAGUGUUGAUUCUUUGUUGCGUCUGCGUGGACGGUUGCUGCUGGACCACGAGGCUUUGUCCUGCCUGCUGGUUUUGCUGUUCGUAGACGAACCAAAGCUUAACACCAGCCGUCUUCACCGUGUGCUCAGGAACCUUUGCUACCAUUCUCAAACACGUGGGUGGGUCAUUCGCAGCCUCUUAUCCAUUCUCCAACGCAGCAGUGAGAGUGAGGUAUGUGUGGAGACUUCACGACUCGAGGACUCGCGUGGCAAGAGAAGUGCUCAUGGAGGCUGUGGAGGAAAAGGUUCUGCCGCUUCCUCUCUCUCCUCUUCAUCCUCGUCCUCCUCCAUAGAGCUGUUGAACAGGGUGGAGUCGCGUAGCUCCAGCCAGCUUUCCUGGCUUUCAGUGUCUAUGGAUGCAGCCUUGGGCUGUCGGACAAACAUAUUCCAGAUUCAGCGCGCAUCGGGUAGGAAGCAUGCUGAUAGGCAUUCAGCUGGGGGCUCCACCGGAUCUGGAACCCUGGGAGGGGGAGUGUCAGGCCCAACAACUGGUGUUACAUGUGCUGGAGGUGGAGGCUCCACAGUUCACAUUCACCCUCAAGCUGCUCCAGUGGUCUGUCGACAUGUGUUGGACACACUCAUCCAGCUAGCAAAGGUUUUCCCCAGCCACUUCACCCAACAACGGUGUAAGGAUUUGUCAGGUUCAUCUUCAGACCUGGACUCUCGUCUUUGUUCAGGUGCCUCAGGAGGAGGGAGCGGAGGUGGGGGCUCUAGGUCAGGGUCUCAGAACAACCCUAAUGCCGCCAACACCCAGAAUUCCUUUGGGUCUUCGUCCCUGACUCCGCAGUCUCUGGGCAUCUCUACAGAUUUUUGGGACCUGCUUGUCAAACUUGACAACAUGAAUGUCAGCCGAAAAGGCAAAGCCUCCAUGAAGAUGGUGCCGCUUGGUGGCAGUGCAGAAGCAGAGGGUGCACAGUUCAGUUUAGAGACCUCACCUCUUGGCCAGCUGAUGAACAUGCUGUCUCAUCCCGUCAUCAGGCGCAGCUCCUUGCUCACUGAAAAGCUUCUGCGCCUGCUGUCCCUCAUAUCUAUUGCCCUACCUGACAACAAGGCCACCGAGGUGCCAGCUGGACACCCCACCCCACAGGCUGCCAACCCCAACACGGCAAGCUCAGGAGCCACAGUCUCAGUCACAACACAGGGCAUGGCAUCAAUUGGCUCUGUCCAGCCCACUGUAACAACUUCAGGAGCUUCUGUAGGAGCUGCAAGCCAGGGUACAUCCUCAGGGACAAGUCUCGCAACCUCCCAAACAUCCUCUACUACAGUCUGUAUACCAACGUCCACUGGUACAACAUCCACAGCAGGAAAACAAAGGGGUACUACUGGCAUUACAGAGAUUGACAAGAUGGCUUCCACAGGACUUACAGAGAAACAGCUUCAACUGUCUGUGGAGGUGCUGACAUCUCACUCGUGCUCAGAGGAGGGCUUGGAGGAUGCUGCUAACAUUCUGCUGCAGUUAUCCAGAGGAGACUGUCCCACCAGGGACACAGUGCUCAGGCUGCUACUCAGUGGGGCCAGACACCUUGGAUACACUCUGUGCAAACAGAUCGGCACAUUACUGGCUGAACUCAGAGAGUACAACUUGGAGCAGCAGAGACGGGCACAAGCUGACUCGCAUUCCCCUGAUGCACCUCCUGAGGAGUCCUCCAUAUCGGGCAGAUUAAAGGGCAAGAUGACCAGCAGGUUUGAUGGGGCAGAGAGUGUUGUGAUUGUGGCCGCGCAGAAGCGGACACUGGGGGGACGAGAACUGCAGCUACCUUGUAUGAGCUCGCUAACGUCCAAGACUUCAACGCAAAAGUUUUUCCUGCGGGUGCUUCAAGUUAUCAUCCAGCUACGUGAAGACACACGACGAGCCAACAAAAAAGCCAAACAGACAGGGCGAUUAGGCUCCAGCAGUUUGGGCUCAGCCAGUAGUAUCCAGGCUGCCGUGCGUCAGCUGGAAGCAGAAGCUGAUGCCAUCAUCCAGAUGGUGAGAGAGGGGCAACGUGCACGUCGUCUCCAACAGGCACCCCCACCCACCGCCCCCUCUGCCGCCGUUGCUGCCGGAACCUCAGUGGCUGCCCCCCAUGCUCCCGCUGGUGCUGCUCCCCCUGCUGGCACGGCUGCUGCUGCCACGUCUGAAGUGCAGUCUGCACCCGAAGCCCAGGCAGCACAGAGGGAUGAUUCUCCAAUGGAUGUAGACCAACCAUCUCCUCUGGAGCAGGACCCUGCCCCUCUGGAUGAAGAUGGAAGUGGUCAGUUGGAGAGUGAGGAGAAACUUCCAGACCUGCCUCUGCUCAGUGAGCAGCUGCUGCUGGACGAAUUAUGGGACAUGCUCGGGGAGUGCCUAAAAGAGCUGGAAGAGUCACAUGACCAGCAUGCCGUGCUAGUACUCCAGCCCGCUGUGGAGGCCUUCUUUCUGGUUCAUGCCACUGAGCGUGAGAGCAAACCUCCUGUUAGGGACACCCGGGAGAGCCAGCUUUCUCACAUCAAAGAUGAACCUCCACCACUAUCCCCAGCUCCCCUUACCCCCGCUACACCCUCAUCCUUAGACCCGUUCUUCUCUAGGGAGCCAUCCUCCAUGCAUAUCUCUUCAAAUCUGCCACCAGACACUCAGAAAUUCCUCCGGUUUGCAGAAACUCACCGCACCGUGCUUAAUCAGAUCCUGCGACAGUCCACCACGCACUUAGCUGAUGGGCCUUUUGCAGUUCUCGUUGACUACAUUCGCAUCCUGGACUUUGACGUCAAGAGAAAGUAUUUCCGCCAGGAGUUGGAGCGACUGGACGAGGGGCUGAGGAAGGAGGAUAUGGCUGUGCACGUGAGACGAGAUCAUGUGUUUGAAGACUCCUACAGGGAGCUGCAUCGCAAGAGCCCAGAGGACAUGAAGAACAGGCUGUACAUUGUAUUUGAAGGAGAGGAGGGCCAGGACGCUGGUGGCCUGCUGAGGGAAUGGUACAUGAUAAUCUCCCGGGAGAUGUUCAACCCCAUGUAUGCCUUGUUCCGCACGUCACCAGGGGACCGUGUUACCUACACCAUAAACCCCUCGUCCCACUGCAAUCCCAACCACCUCAGCUACUUCAAGUUUGUUGGUCGUGUUGUGGCCAAAGCAGUCUAUGACAACAGGCUACUGGAGUGCUACUUCACCCGCAGCUUCUACAAGCACAUCCUGGGCAAGAGUGUCAGGUAUACAGACAUGGAAAGCGAGGACUACCCAUUCUUCCAGGGGUUGGUGUACUUGUUGGAGAACGACGUGUCGACACUGGGCUAUGAGCUGACGUUCAGCACAGAGGUCCAGGAGUUUGGAGUUUGUGAAGUAAGAGACCUUAAGCCCAAUGGCGCCAAUAUUCUGGUGACAGAGGAAAACAAAAAGGAGUACGUGCACCUGGUGUGCCAGAUGAAGAUGACAGGCGCAAUCCGCAAACAGCUGGCCGCCUUCCUGGAAGGAUUCUAUGAGAUCAUCCCCAAGAGGCUGAUUUCCAUCUUCACUGAGCAAGAGCUGGAGCUGCUAAUCUCUGGCCUGCCUACAAUUGACAUUGAUGACCUAAAGGCCAACACUGAAUAUCAUAAAUACCAGUCCAGCUCCAUCCAGAUCCAGUGGUUCUGGAGGGCUUUGCGGUCCUUUGACCAGGCAGACCGGGCCAAGUUCCUACAAUUUGUCACUGGUACAUCAAAGGUUCCGCUCCAGGGUUUUGCUGCUCUGGAAGGCAUGAACGGCAUCCAGAAGUUCCAAAUCCACCGUGAUGAUCGAUCAACUGACCGCCUGCCAUCUGCUCAUACCUGCUUUAACCAGCUGGACCUUCCAGCUUAUGAGAGCUAUGAGAAGCUGAGACACAUGCUGCUGUUGGCCAUUCAGGAAUGCUCAGAGGGAUUCGGACUGGCUUAA